ACAUCUGCAGUGUCUGUAACCCCACUCUCCCCAUCUGGCCUGUGAUCUCUGAUCUCUGAUGCAUGUUUUCAGGAUCUUCCAGCAGGUGACGGGUCUGCGUGUGACGGGCCGUCCAGACAGCAGCACAAUGGCCAUGAUGAGAGCCGCCCGCUGUGGUCUGAGUGACCCCUUCAGCCACACGCUCAAAUACCGCACCCUGGGUCAGUGGAGUAAGAAGAGACUGACGUACCGCAUUUAUAAUCAUCCGCUGUCUCUGGGUUUGUCUGGGACACGAGCGGCGGUUCGUGCGGCCUUCGGUUACUGGAGCGCCGUCAGCCCUCUUCACUUCCAGGAGGUCAGCAGAGGUCACGCCGACAUCAAACUGUCCUUCCACAGGAGAAACCAGGGCUGCCCUGUCGCAUUCGACGGACCUGGGCAAGUUUUGGGGCACGCUGAAGGCCCAGAGUCCGGCACGGUUCACUUCGAUGCAGAUGAGGUGUGGACGGAGGGGCGGAGUUCUGGAGCAAACCUGCGCAUCGUAGCCGCCCAUGAGAUAGGCCACGCCCUCGGAUUAGGCCACUCCCAGUACCACAGUGCGCUCAUGGGCCCUGUGUACACAGGAUACCGCCACAACUUCAGACUGCACCAGGACGACAUCCGCGGCAUACAGACUCUGUACGGAAAACCUGUGGAAAAACCAUCCAUCACUCCGAGAAAGCCAGAUCAACUGCCGGACCUUUGCGUCGGGAGACUGGACGCCAUGAUGCUGGGGCCUCUUCACAAGACACUUGCUUUCAGAGGUCAUUACGUGUGGACGUUCUCAGAUUCAGGUUAUAACAGUCCCCUUCACAUUAAUGCCUUGUGGAAAGAACUGCCCAGCCACAUCAAUGCAGCCGUUCACUCGCAAAGAACCAACAAAUCCUAUUUUCUUAAAGGAGAUAAAGUCUGGAGAUAUUCGGGAUUUAAACUGGACCAGGGCUACCCGAAACGCCUCACCAUUCCCUCCAACAUACAGGCCGCGUUCUUCCUCAGGAGCCAGCGAGCGCUCGUCUUCAUCAAGGGAUCAGAAUACUGGCUCUGGGAUGAACUGCGGUCAGCUAAACAUCUCCAGCUGAAGGCCGCUCUGCCCUCGGAUCUGGACGCUGCCUUCACGGGGGGCGACGGGCGCGUCCACGUGUUCAGCGGCGCGUGGCACUGGCGUCUGAGUCCCGCGCUGACGCUGGAGAAGGGCUAUCAUUUCCGCUCCAGACACAGAUGGAUGCACUGUGACCACUAAUAUACAUCAUUUACAUAUCGUACAUCAAACAAGCCGUCAUCUAGAGUUAAGAUAGCAGACAUAUUACAAGAUAUUGUCAGCAGUUUAUUAGUCGUCUGUUUUUCUCUCUGAUGUACACAUGAUCACAUAUAUAUUUUACACUUCUGCAUGACUCUAGUAACUGAUGUAUUAGACUCUCACAGGCUUGUAAAGCACUUUUGAAUUAUUUUUAAUUAUUCAAAUGAUAAUUAAUAAAAAGGAUUGAAACUAAA